ACAAAUUGUACCUCAUUGACGCUCACCAAUCAGUACCAACGCUCCAUGCAGGAGAAAUGAAUCAUAACACUUAUUGGCUUUACACGAGAGAAAAUAUGUAUGAAUCGCAAGAGCUUAGAAUGAAUGACCCAGAUAGCUUAACCAAAUCUAAUUUUAACGUUUCAAAAAACACUGUGUUUGUUGUUCACGGGUGGAAAGGCAACGGUACCAAUACAAUCAGCCGAAUUUUAACAUCAGCGUUUCUCAGUGAUGGAGAUGUGAACGUAAUAGUAGUAGAUUACAGCACAAACGCUGAUCUAAUGUAUAUUCUAGCAAUGGAAGCUGUGAACCAAGUUGGCGAAUUUCUCGGUCUGUUUAUUGACUGGUUAAACACCUUUGGAAUGUCAUAUGAAACAACACAUUUAGUGGGAUUUAGUCUCGGCGCACAUGUUGUUGGCUUGGCUGGUAGAUUUUGUAAUGGAGCAAUAAAAAGAAUCACAGCGUUGGACCCAGCAGGUCCCCUCUGGUAUGAUAACGAGAACCGUAUACAAAACACAGACGCCGACUACGUAGAAGUAAUCCACACAAAUAUGCUUCUCUUUGGCUUUGAUGGCAAAAUAGGUGAUGCGGACUUCUAUCCAAACGGGGGCAUCUUUAUGCCCGAGUGCAGUAUAAAUGCUUGCUCGCAUUCCAUAUCAUAUAUAUACAUGGCACAA